UCCUGGGACCACUUUAGAAGCACUGGAGGAUGGGUUCCCGGAGGAGCGGGCCCGGCGGGAGCCGGGCGAACGCCGGCGUUCUAAAGGAACGGGCCAACAUGUCGUUCAUGCUGGUGGUCAUGUUCUUCGCCGUGUUCGGGCUGAUCGUCUUCACGGAGAUAUUCCUGAUCGACGAGAGGCGUGGAGUGGGCGUAGGUGGCACCGGGGCUCUAGGAGGUCACAGGAGCGGACAUCGAUUGCCGGCUGCGCCCGAUCGGCCGGAUUACGGGGAAAUCGGAGCUGAAGAUUAUAUUGGAUUGAAGGGCAGCUUCGACGAUCAUAUCGGAUUAUUGAUGCGUGGGGAAGACGGAGGACAGAAGACCGCGAUACAACCGGACCCAAGAGGUUUACCGAGCUUACCACCCAACCUGGAAGCUCGUCUACCGCAACUCGAUCAGAGCUUGAGGAUCACGCACGCCGAAUGGUUGCCAGUCACGAAGACUAGAUUCAAAUUCUUUGUGUACUCAGCGUACUUCGACGACAGGGUUGGUGGCACGGGAGCGCCAACAGGUAAAAAUCAGGGCAUGGUACGCAUAAUAAGCGCGACAAAGACCAGAGGACCAGAGCGUGUUUGGUGUAGACUUUGGUAUCGACCGGAGAACGGAGGGAACGUAACUACUUCCGUAACGGUAGCUGCUAAAGUGAAGGUGAUCAGAGAAAAUUGGAACUUGAAGUACAGUGCCUGCUUUGUGAUUUGCCCACUGCCGAAAGAACCACCGACGGCUGACAGGGUGCCGGAAACCGUGAGCGUGGUGGCCAGGCUCAAAGCACCACCGACGAAUCGCAUCCUCGUGCAGAACCGGCCCGAGGGCAGGGCGAAGGACAAAGAGCUGCUGGCCGUUUGCGUGAAACCCCUGCAUUACGAUUACAACAGAGUGCUACAGCUCAUAGAGUUCAUCGAGUUGCACAGACUGCUUGGCGCUAGCCAUGUGACUCUAUACAAUGACACGGUCGGCGCGGAGGCCGGAUGCGCUCUCAAGUACUACGAAGCUAAAGGUCUCGUGACCGUGUUACCUUGGCAUCAUUUAGACAUGAUCUCGCAGCUAGAGAUCCGCACGGAGGGACUGUUCGCUGCUCUGAACGAUUGCCUUUAUCGAUCCAUGUACAAAUACGAGUACGUGGCGUUGGUGGACCUCGACGAGUUCAUUAUACCGAGGCACAACGACACUAUCAUUGAUCUCAUCAGGUGGAUGAGCAGUCGUACAAACAUGAAAUCCACCGGAGCGUAUUCCUUUCAGAAUGCAUUCUUCUAUCUACAGUGGGCGGAUGACCCAUUCGUGAUAUCCAGUCGGACGCCUAUAGAGGCUGGUUUGAUCACCCUGAAGAAGACCAGACGUAGAACCAAGUUACACCCGCACAAGCAGCGCUCGAAAUACAUUUGCAAGCCUCAGGACGUCGUGGAGGCUGGCAAUCACUUUGUCUGGGAGUUCAUACCGGGUCACGGAACUCUGAAUGUACCAUCGGACGCCGCAAUUUUGCACCACUAUCGGGUCUGCGAAUUCGGUGGCGAUGAUUGUAUAAAGACUCAAUCGGUAGUCGAUAGAACGGCCUACAAAUACAAAGAUAGACUGGGCGCGAGUGUUGGCAAGACCUGGACGGACCUAAACGCCGAAUGUUCGUUGCCAAAGUUGGAACCAGUGCCGGCGAUGACGCCCCGGUUAAAAGCGAGUCCCGUGCUGAAAUCGGUCAGGUAGCGAAAGACCAUUAUCGACACUCUUUGGGAUAUUGGUAAUUUCACCGGUACACCCAAGGUAGCGAGAACCUAUUUCUAUAACUACGGUGGUCCGUAGUUUCUCUCCGGCGGACAUGUCCUCGGCCAAGAGAGGGUUCCAGAGAAAUUCGGGAUUUAUGGGGUACCAUAACACGUUUUUUCUACAUUUUGCGGUCCACGCCUGAUAAAUCUCGUUUCGAAAUCACGAAGAAUGGUGCCUGUGUAUCGGCGAGCCAAACGGGAUAGAGUGCGAAGCACCGUGUUGAGAAGGGCGCGACGCUCAUUGAUAAGCUGACGAAUAAUAUUUUUCUACGUGAGAAAGACUCAUGAUCGGCUGGGAAAGUACGGAGAAUCGACUUUCCCGGUCGAUCUUGUAUCUCUUACGCUAUGGUGCUUCUUUCACGAUUUUAUACGGUAUUAUAUUUACGUACGAGUUUACUUUUCGUUCGAACGAAGCUGAUCUAUGUAUGAAACCGGUUACACGAUGAGAUUGUAGAAGUUACCACGCAGGGCCUAUGUUUUCGGUCUACAUUAAUCGGCUAUAAUGUGAGAUAUCUGAUAUUAUAUUGUUGUCUUGUUGAUACGUCUCUUUUCUCUCUCUCCUCUCUCUUCUCUCUCUCUCUCUCUCUCUCUCUCUAUCUCUCUCUAUCUCUCGACACCUAUAAAU